AUGUUGACACGGUUGAAGGUUGAAAUUGGGCUUGAAGUUGCUGCACCUGCACUACUAACGUUCUGGAAUGUUCCUUUGCUUGCAAUUCUAAUACGCAGAUCUGAUGGGGUUUAUUUUCAGAAGCUUCCAGAUCUGGCCUUGAUACUUGCAGGAACUGAAAUGUUAGCAGUGACAUUAGAAUGGGCAAUGUCUAAUUUGAUUAAUCAUCUCGAUGUGUUGAAGAAGGCUAGAGUAGAGUUGGACACUCAAAUUGAGCAAGAUAAAUGGAUAGAUGAACAAGAUGUUCCCAAAUUACACUACCUCCAAUGUAUCAUCUCAGAGACAUCUCGAUUGUACCCUCCUGGCCCUUUGUUAGUACCUCAUUCGUCUUCUAAUGAUUGUACUAUCGAAGGAUAUGAUAUACCAUGUGACACAAUGUUAUUGGUCAAUGCAUGGGUCAUACAUAGAGAUCUUGAGUUGUGGGAAGAUACUACUAGUUUUAAACCUGAGAGGUUUGAAAUUGGUGAGGUUGACCCACAUAAGUUAAUGCCUUUUGGAUUAAGGAGGAGGGCUUGUCCUGGGGCAGGCCUUGCCCAACGUACGAUGAGAUUGACUUUGGGAUUGUUGAUUCAAUGCUUUGAGUGGGAAAGGAUUACUAAAGAAAAAGUUGACAUGGCUGAAGGUAAUGGACUCACCAUGCCAAAAGCUGUCCCAUUGGAAGCCAUGUGUAAAGCGCGCCCUCUCAUGCAUGAGGUUCUUUCCGAAUCUAUGCAUGAUGUUUGA